AUGUCUUCUUUGAACGUCGAAGUUAAGUCUGAUAGUCUUUCGGACGGUUCAAAACCGGAUAACGGUGACCAAGUUGUCACAGUUUUUGAUUUGGCAUCUGAAAUUGAACAAUCUAUAAAUUCUAUUGUGAAACAGGUGGAAAAGAAUGAUAAAGAGUUUGAAGCGCGUUACGAUACUAUUUUGAAGACAAUUGAGAGUCUCGAGGAGCAGUGA